UUUUAAUUAAUUUUGUUUCAGGGAUUGGGAGUGAAAGCCCUAAAAGGUUUGUGAAGAGAUGCAAAAUCCUCCCAAAAUAAAUUUCAAUCGAUAUCUGAAAGAAAGGUAUGGGCCUUUUUCUAUUUCAAGUUUUAGAAAAUUGGAAGAAUUGUACAAAAAACUAUCCCACACAGAAAACAGUCUCACCUUCAUGUGUAGAUGCAGAGAUAAUAGAUUGAUUCCAAAAUUCCUGAGAAUUAGGCUACCAUUUCGGAGUAAUGGUUCGGAAAAGAUUAAAAACAGGUUCGGUUAUGCGUUGGUAAGAGAAAGAAUAAAUUUUCUCAGAUAUAAUAAGAGAUUGGGAGUGAAAGCCCUAAAAGGUUUGUGAAGAGAUGCAAAAUCCUC